ACUAGAGAUGACUUUCUUCAGCUACUCUUAAAUGCUCAUAAGGGAGCACCCAUUAACAAUAAAAAGGAUUGUGUUGAAAACGGGGAUCAUAAGAGCGCAAAUAACGGACAAGAUAUUCAGCAAAAUGGUUCCACUGAUGCACAUCAGAAAACUCUUACAUUUGACGAAUUGGUCUCCCAGUGUUUCUCCUUUUAUUUAGCUGCUCACGCCAACUCAGCUUCAUUACUAACUUUCAUCAUAUACUUACUGGCUAUCAAUGAAAACAUACAAGAAAAUGUCUAUCAGGAAAUUAGAGAACACUUACAAGAAACAAACGGAGAAAUAACGUAUGAAGCUUUGCAAAAAAUGAAAUAUUUGGAUAAUGUUAUAUCGGAGACUUUAAGGCUGUAUCCUCCAGUUGUAAGAGCUACCCGAAGAUCUGAUAAGGAUUAUAAGCUGGGUGAAACUGGUAUCACUCUCCAGAAAAAUACCAUCUUUCAAUUGCCUAUUCUGGGUAUCCAUAGGGAUCCAAAGUAUUACCCAAAUCCUGAGAAAUUUGAUCCAGACAGAUUUUCAGCUGAAGAAAUAGCAAAACGGGAUCCCAACGUCUAUUUUCCUUUUGGAUUAGGACCCAGAAAUUGUAUCGGUAUGACAUUUGCCCGACUUACUUCCAAAGUGUGUCUCGUCUAUGUUCUUAGCUGCUUCAACAUUAAGACAUGCUCCCAAACCAAAGUGCCCUUGGAGUUCGACCCUUGGAGUUACUUUACAUAUCAGGCAAAGGAUGUGACUGUUAAAUUGGAAAUUCGAAAUGAUUGUCCAUUAGUUUAUAAUUAAAUUAUGCUAUAACUUUAUAAUUGUUUUUAACAACACAUUAUUUAACAUCAAUUUAUUUUCAUUUCCCUAUACUGUACUACUACCCCCUAUACUGUAC